GACAGACAGGCAGCUAUGGAGCCUGGGGAGCAGCGGAGGCGUUGGUUCUUCCACAGGUGCAGGACCUCUGGAGACAUGAAGGGAGUUAGUAUCCUGGUGGCGUUCCUGCUCGGUGUUUGGGGGGCUCAGGCGCUGGAGAUGUCGGUCGGCAAGGUGACGACCAUCGAGGCGAUGAACGGGAGCUCCGUCCUGCUGCCCUGCACCUACGCCAGCUGCAUCGGAAUCUUCAACCUGGAGUUCAACUGGGCCUAUAACAAGACUGACUACAUGAUUCGGGGCCUGAUCCCAAUGGAGGGUAAAGAUGCGCGAAUCCAUAUGUACCCAGAAUGGUCGGAGCGCGUGGAGUUUGUGGGCAACACCAAGACCAACAACAACAUCUCCAUCGUCCUGAUGAACAUCACAUUUGAGGACGCCGGGGAGUACACCUGCUUUGGCAAGAACCCCAAGGAGAAGAACCGCAACCACAGCGCCACGGUCACCCUAGUGGUGGUGGACGAAAUGCGGGUGGUGGACAACACCAUCACCACCAUCAUCAUGUCUGUGGUGGGAGCCGUCAUUGGAGUCCUUGUUUUGGUCAUGGCCAUCAAAUCGCUUGUCACCCGCUUUGUCCUGGACAAGAAUAAGGAGCCCCUGGUCAGCUCUACAGCAAACGACAACUCAGAGAAUGGCCUGAACAGCUCCAAAGCAGAGGACAAGCCCAAGCCAAAAGCAUGAGAGGAGAGGAGAGGAGAAGAGAAGAGGGCGCCUCGUACCACGUGCCAGUGUGGCCGAGUGUGUGUGUGUGGGUGGGUGUAUGUAUGUGUGUGUCGACAUAUUACUGUGUGUAUAUAUGUACACAUGCAAAUACGUAUAUACACAUAUAUAAAUAUAAUGGGGAAGAAGAGAGAGGAGGGAGGAGGUGUGUACAGACAGAUAAAUAUAACUAUGGACUGCUUUACUCUCUUCACCCACAAGGGGAAAUGUUAUAUAUAUUGUUUGAAACAUAUUUUUUUUUUAAUUCAUUUUCUUAUCGUAACUACUUUGAAUUGCGCUUGAGACUGGAUUUAUGGAGCGUUUGUUGGGCUGGAUUAUAAGCAUCCCCAUGGCAACAUCCCCUAGUGAACAGACAACAUAAUAGUGUAAAAUAGUGAAAGCCCCAUCUGGGAAUCUCCCAUUGUCAUGGUGACACAGCACUGAUGAAAGACACGAUGCUGAUGCGUUCUUAUUUUACAUGGAGAGUAGAAUGGGUUUACAUACGUAAAUAACCUUGCAUACAAUGUAAGUCUGUAUAUCUUGUUUGUAGAGACAUGUUUUUAAAUAAUUGGUGUAGGGUGUUGUACACUGUGACAGCCUUUUAAAGGAGUAUGUCACUAUUUUGGGGCUUAAUACAGUUAAAAUCGUUGGCCAGGGUUUAUAAAGGUGGUAAAGUGUCUUAUUUUUCAUGUUAAGACAAGUUAAAAGAGGAAGUAUGUAGCUAAGCUAGUGAAAGUCAAUGGAUCACUGUAGCAUGCUACACGGAUACAUUGACCUUCACUAGCUUAGCGACAUGCUAAGCGACAUGUAUUAAGCCCCAAAAUAGUGGCAUACCCCUUUAAGGAACCACAGCUGCUGUCACUCCUAUUCACCUGCACUGUAACAUCCACACACACACUGCCACGGUCUGGCCAAACUUUCACUGGCACGCCGCAGACCCGUCUCACCUCAGCCGUACACAUUAGCCACAGCUGUGGGAGAGAUAUUUUACCCUUUAGAUAUUUUAGUGUUUCUUAGAUGCGUAUUAACCUGAUAAUGUAUUUUUAAACACACACACACACAUACAGUAUUUGUGUGCGCUCUCAUAAGCAUUCCAAAACAAAUAUUAAGAAGGCAAAAAAAGAAACGAAACCACCUUUUUUCAGUGGUUGUCGUUUUGUUUUCUCCUAGGCACAACUCUACAGAGAUUUGUAUCAUAAUAAUAGUGAUGGGUGGGUGACACACAAUACAGAAAAUCCUGUGAAGAAUCCAGCAUGGGAAGAUAUAGGGCUUGUUCACCGCAGGAGGAAGACGUGGGGCUUGCUUAUCAAUCCAGUUCAGAGCAGACGUCUCCAUGUUGCUUUAGAUGCGUCACUGGUGCCUGCACAUGCUUUUUUUGCUCCCUGCUUCCUGCUUUUUGGCGGGCAUUCCUUCCUUUGCAACACAAGGGGGAUAAAAAAUAUAUAUAUGACGAUAGGAUGAUGGAGUGUAAAACAGAGCUCAGAAAUAUAUGAUUCAAGCUAUACAAAUGAGGUUGUCUUUGUUGCAAUGACUGAGGUGAAUGAGAAAAAAAUAGACAAUCCCCUUGAAAAUAUCCCCAUUCCCUCCAAAAAAAAUUGAAUGAACAUUUCCACCGCUGCUUUGAAAACCUAACAAGACGAAAAAAAAGAGCAUUUAAGCAUGUUGAAUGAUUUUCUAUAGACAUACUGUAUGUAUUCUGCACCAUAACGACACCAACCUUAUACAAGUCCACGAUCCUUUUCCUUUUUAAUAUAUCUACGUAUAUCAGUCUUCCAUAGCCAGCUCCUCUAUAGCAAGUCUGAAACACCACCAUCCAUAUGCACACUGUUGAAUCUCCCAUUUACACCGACGCUAACUGUUUGUCGGCCAUUUUGGAAAGUUAAGAUGUGCCCCUGGCCAUUGAUGUUGAGUGUUUUUUUUCCAGAUAUUGAGCUCAAUUCCGUGUAAGCGAACAGAUUCGCGGGUACAUUUCUUUGUGUGUAGAAAAGACGCACUCUUGAAUGUGAUUAAUUAUUGCAUUUUAUUUUAAUGGGUUAGCAUGACAGGCAGACGUUUCGGCCUAAAAGUAAUAAUUCUUACCCACAACAAUAAUCACACUCGAGAGUGCAGCUUUUCACACAUGGCUGAGGCUCUGGAACACAUGGGUCUGGCAAGCUAGCGAAAUGCUAACAGUGCCACAUUUUUGGCAUUUCACUUCGAUCUUUAUUUUACUGGUUUGAUUCAGCUUGUUUGUGGUUAAUACCCACAUUAGGACGACUGAGCAUUGAGGCUCUCAAACACAUGUGACAGGUUUUGGAAAGAUGUUUUAGGAACUGAACAGACAUGUUUUAGCUUUGGUGAGGGUGGAGACCAAACAUCCUCGAGUGAAGCAAGGUGGACUGCUGGGGUGCAUCCCAAUAUGUGACCUUGCCUCCUCCACUUGCCUCCUCCACUUGCUUCUCGUCAUGAUGACAUUACUGACAACAGCAUUAUAUUUCAAUAUCUUGCAAAAGCUCAAUUGUAAAGUCUUUUUCUCAUUUGCAAUUGGGAUGGUGAAUAAAAAACAGUCCCUCAAAAGUUGUUGUGGCGAGGCUGACAGCUGGGAAACGUUAUCGUUUUCUCCACGGAGGAGGGGCCAGGAGGCGGGACGAGGAGACAAGCACAAGUGGAGGAGUCAAGGACACAUAUUGGGAUGCACCCCUGGUCUUUAAAUCGAUCAACAACAAGGAAGUUAAACAAAAUACUACUUCAUGUGUGGCGUUUUGAUUAGCCAAAUGUGGCAAGUGGUAAGGUUUACUUUAUUAACAAUUAACAAAUAACAACGUUAUUAAUCAACAACAGAGUCAGAGUACAGUAUCAAGUCACACUUGAGUAUUUUGUUGUCUUGCUAAAAAUGACAUCCAUGGUGAUUUUAAACGAUAUACUACACAUGUAUGAUGUUAGUAAGCUAUACUGUAUAUUUCUAUACUCUAUGUAUAUUCCUCCACUCAAGAAUAUUUUGGUCAGGGCCUAGAUUCCCUCCUAUUCACAUAAGGAGUUAUAGGCUAUCCAGAGAAUCCCUCCAAUUCAAAGGAUGUAAUCUAUCCCUUUUCCCACGUUCUCUCUCUCUCUUUGGAGUCGGUUUGGCCAUAGAUUGCCCACGAACAUACAAAUGUUACAUAUGAAUAUGAGAGGCCCCUGUGUAAUAUAUUCAACAUGUGAAUGUUAAAGUCCUUGACCUCAAGUCUCAGGCUAGCUGUGACCAGUACUGUGUAGGUUGUCAUUGGACUGUGAGCCUAUAACUUUUCCGUAGACACUGAAUGAAGGAUGCCAAUGCUUACAAGCAAAACGUUUGAUUGAGUUUGAAAUGCCCAGGUUUUUUUUGUCAGAGGUCCUGUGAGGCUAUCGCCCAGCUGCACCUCGUCCAUAGUUAUAAGCUGAUGAUGUUAAUUUGUUCUUGUGACACGCAGCAGUCUACAACGUCCUCAGCCUUAGCUCUCCGAUCUGUUUGUUCCCCUGAUGUAGCUUAGCCUACUAGCAUAUUGCACAGCCCUUUAAAACCCCUAUUCGGUCCACACACCACAGUUGCUUGCUCUCUCCUCUUCUCUUCAUCCAUGUUUUCUUGUCUGGACUAAAAGAAAAGCACCAUCCAUGCGCCUACAAACCUAGUAAAUAUGCCAUUACAAUGUUUUUCAAAAUAGGAAUCGGAGGAAUCAUAAGCAAUUAUUGUCACCCUGCAAUUUGCCAUAAUGUCAAAGAAAUGAUACAGAUUCAAACCUUGUACAGAGCAAAUACAUCUGAAGUUUUAUUUGUGAGGAAAGUUUAGGGGGUGGACAAACAGCAAACGGGUGUUCAAUACAGUAUACUCAUCUGUGUCGGAGGAAAAUACAUUUAUUUGACAAGAUUAUUAAUAAAUCACGUCAUGAGCCAGUCUAAAAACCCAAAAGGAGACAAUUGUUAUCUUCAUCCCUCAGUGAGAUAAUCUAACUUGGCCAAACCUUACCCUGGUUUUAAACUUGUAGCUCCGUGUCUCAAAUAAACCUGAAAUGAAGGUUCAGGAAACACUCUAGUAAAUGCUUUUCACUGGAAACACUCAGUUGAAAGCAACAAAUGAAAAUAUAUAAUAAAUCACACAUUUUCACGACCUCCAUAAACACCUGCAGUGCACCAUCGCGGUGUUUGAAGGAUGUCCUUCUGUGCACUUUAAUCAAUGUAGACUUUACUUUGUCGGUCAGUGUGAUCAUGUGUAAACAAUGCAGACGCGAGUAACAGCGAAAGUAACCAUGUUGUGAAAGUAACCGUGUUGUGAAAGUAACCGUGUUGUUUGCUAUGUCAAAGCACUCGGCAAAGCUCCCAGGGUGUAACUGCUAGCCAUGUGCUCGAAAUGAUGAAAAAAGGGAAUUAUCAAUUUUCUCUCAGUUACGCAGCGUUUUUCAUUAUUAUUAUUAUGAUUAUUAUUUUUAUUGUCAAUUAAUCCAAAGAGUUAUCUGUGCUUGGCGUUACUUUGGUGUUGAGAAUGUGACCAGACAAAGCAAUAAUGGUAUCGUGUUGGCAGUACUAUCAUGGCCUUGUACUGAUGUGGCAAUAGGCUACACCGUGUGCAGCGUCGUGACAACUGUCGUCGUGGCAAUACGCCGUGUGUCCCCCUCAAGAGAUCCACUGUGUUUUCCAGCCAGUGUUUGGGCCUUUCAGCCAUAUUGCAGAAGGAAGUCUGCCCAUGGACUGCACUGCUGUCUGCGUAGUACACAUGCUUAUAUCUGGAUGCGGAAAUCUUAUACCCUAAACCAGGGGUUCCCAACCUUUUUCAACUUGGGGCCCACUCGAAAUUGUCAAAAAUGUUCGGGGCCCAUCUCUGACCCAAUUAAGAAAAUGAUUUCAAGGCCCACUUGGAAUACCUUCAGGGUCCACCAGUGGGCCCCGGCCCAUAGGUUGGAAAUCUUAACCCUAAACACUGUGCUUGUGCAAGACACAGCAUGCUUGCGCGCACAGACCACCCCAUUUCAAUCCGGUCGGUGGUGAAAAAUUACACCUACAUUUGACCUACAGUACACAAGAUUUAUCUGAUUUUUCUGGGCAAUCAAUCAUAACACACAUUGACUCACAUUGAAUAACCAAAAGAAAAGAACAGAAAAGAAAAGAAAAGAGUAGAAAGAACAUAUAACAGAAUCCAAACUCUGCCUACAUAGUAUUAUAGUAUGUAUGCAUGUUGCAUACCAUAAUAAACAUGCUAAAGAUAUGUCAACAGUGUUGCCAGAUUGGGGCGACUUAGGAUGAGUGUCUGCGGGCAAAAAUCAGGAAAAAUUGGCCAUUUGGCGUUUUUUUUUUCAGCCGUUUUGGGCCCAUAGAAGUCAAUGUAGUUUGUUGAAUAUGGGCGGAAUUUAGCGCAUUUUGGCGUUUUUUGAGAAGCUUUUGGGCGGGAUUUGGUCAGACACAUCUGGCAACACUGUAUGUGAACUCCACUUUCACAUGGUACCACAGCGGUGUGCAAUGCAUGGCUAUUCUCAUAGGAACUGCAGCUUCCAGUGUAUGCAUGCUUGGCAGGCCAGUGUAUGCAGUAGGGAAGCCGUGGCCUCUGCACUGUACAAAUGGCAAGCUUCCUCAAAGAACCGUCAGGUGGAAUGUUCUGGAAUGUUCUCUCUGUCUGAGUUCUCUGAGGAACCUUUUAAAGUUCUUUGCACAACCUAAACGCAGGAACGAGAGGAAAGAAUGAACUCUCUGCUAAAUGUUCUGGGAAGAACCUCAAAUGUUCCUCCUUACUUCCUCAAAGAACCUUCAGUCGGAAUGUUCUGGAAAAUCUGAAAGUUCUCUUAUGAGCCUUAAAAGCUCUCUGUAGAACCUAAUGGUUCUGUGAAGAGCCCCAAUAGUUCCUUGUAGAAUCUUCAGGGGAUUCCGCCACAGUGGCAAACAGAGGGUUCUCUGGGGAGCGUUUGAUUUGUCCCAAUGGGUCAAACAAAAAUGCUCUUGGUGGAUUUUAUUGUUUUUUUUUUUUUUAAAGCAAUACUGUUAAAAGAAAUGUAUGAAAACGCUUUUGUUGUUACUCUCAGAGAACAUUACAGCUGACAUAAUGUAUGUUUAUUUUUGGUUUUGUUUUUUUUUGUUCUUGCGUUACUAUUUACUUGCCUUCUUGUACAUGUCUUCUGGUCUAUUAUAUGCACUUUAGGUCCACUCCUACCUUCUGCAACAUGUCUUCCCGGUGAAUGAGAUAUGAA